AUGCAAAAGAUACCGUUGCAAACGAUUGAGGCGGACGAGAAAAAGCAAAAAGUGUUUGCCUUACAUUCUACCAUAUCCCCUGCAGAUAAGUUGGGCAUUGUGACUGAUCAUUUUGGCAAAGGUGUCCAAGAAAUUAACACUGAGACAAAGAUCGCGAGCGGCAAGUCUGUGGACACCGAGACAAAGAUCGCGAGCGGCAAGUCUGUGGACACCGAGACAAAGAUCGCGAGCGGCAAGUCUGUGGACAUCGAGACAAAGAUCGCGAGCGGCAAGUCUGUGGACACCGAGACAAAGAUCGCGAGCGGCAAGUCUGUGGACACCGAGACAAAGAUCGCGCGCGGAAAGUCUGUGGACACCGAGACAAAGAUCGCGAGCGGCAAGUCUGUGGACACCGAGACAAAGAUCGCGAGCGGCAAGUCUGUGGACACGGAGACAAAGAUCGCGAGCGGCAAGUCUGUGGACGCCGAGGAAAAGAUCGCGAGCGGCAUGUCUGUACCAACCUCGCAUAGACCUAGAGAAGUGCAAACUGCUCGCAUAUUAGAGCACGGAACUUCAACAUGCCCAGCCGUUAUUACCAAAGCCUCAAUCCACGACACUCAAGCCCGAACGGAUACAACGGCUGCACACAGGAGAUCUUCAAGCUCGCAAACACAAAAUUAUACACCCCAGGAUUGGUGUAAGGAGGCCUACGCAAGUUUAAAGAACAAUGAAGGCUUUACUUUCGAUCAAGGCUUUAUGUAUGACAACUUACAAGAGAAGGACGUUAUGGAGCUGACCAACUGUGCCACAAUUAAUUCGAUAGAUAUUGCUGGGUUUAAGACAUAUGGGAUUCCUGGAGUGGAAACUGCGGAUCUUUACCUACUGAUUAGUCAUCUUCUGUGUGGCAACAACAAUUUGAAGGGCACUCUUCAAUUAGCUGCUGCACGAUAUGGAAUACAGCAUUUUGAUACAUAUCUUAAAGCGCUGUUGAAAGAAUUUAAUCAGUCCAAAACUCCUUUGAUUGAGGCCCGUAUAUUCUUCGAAUUGCACGGCAUAUAUUUUAACGAUUUCACAUCUCCGUUAACUGAGGAAAGUGUAUGUAUGGCGCUUGACAAUUUAUUACAUCAACUAGCAGUUACUGGAAGUACAGGCCCGUUUCACGCAGCAUUACUGGGUUGCGUUUUGCACUGUAACCUGACCCAACACUUCGAGAACAAUCAAUACCAUGAUCGAGACGUACGGACAACAGCAGGCUUCAAAUUGGCUUUGGAAUCCAGCCAGUCAUGUUCACGAGAACUGCAUAUUGUUUGGAUGAAGUCAGCUAACUAUCCGCACAGAUAUUGUGUUAUACCUGCGUUUACAAGUGAUGGCACAAACAUUGCAAAAGAAACCCACAUUCCAUACAAACACAAUGAAGGCAUGGUCAAGACUCUGAUAGAAAACAUAAAAGAACAGGAACCUUACAAGUGGAUAAGCUGCUUUGAAGUUUUUGAACAAUCUAAAAAAGAUAUGUUUGACGACCUAAAAGGAAUGGAAUUUAUUAAACCGGAUCGAAUAAUUAGAACGAUCAAUGUCCCUGGAUAUAAGGCAUAUACAAAACCCAGAGGAGGAAACACAUCCGUGUACGAAUGGUUGAGCCUCAUGCUGUGCGGAGACCAAUCUCUUAUGUACAUCUUAAGACUAGCAGCAGCAAGAUAUGCCAUUAAUCACUUUGAAACAUAUGUAGAUAAGCUAAACGAUAAAUUCAAUGGCGAUUUUUAUGCGGCUAAAACCUUCUUCAAGUCACAUGAAAUAGGUUUUGCAGAGAAGGAAAGAAACGUUAAAGGAUGUGUGUCCGUUGCAUUUCGCAACUUAGUGAACGAAACAGUGAACGCGAACAAAGGGAAUGCGCCGUUUUACGUUGAAUUUUUGAGUGGCGUAUUAAACCGUAAAAUCAUCCAACACUUUGAGAAUAAUACGUUUGACGGCCGACAUGUAGAAUCAAUUUGCGGUCUUGACGUUUCAUUAAAGACAGAAUUAUCCAGUGAUCGAGAACUGCACAUGUACUGGAUGAAGUCAUCAAAUCAACUCACUUAUCAGAUAGUCCCUUUGUUUCCAUGUAAUCCGAAAAGCAAUGGAAAGGACUUAUGCGGAGAUGUAUACAAAUUAUUGAUGGGACAGGUGACCUUUGAGUCCGGAAGCUGUUUACAAGUGAUAGAUGCACACGGGAUAAAUGUAUUUGAGGAGCUGAAAGAACAUGCCAUUUUAAAACCUACAACGGUUGCCAAGCGGGUCAUAAAUACCAUAACAAUCCCUGGGUAUAUUGGCUAUGAAAGGACCGACGGGGAAACCACGUGUCUUUACGAACAUACUAGUCGUCUACUGUUUGGGAAUACAGAGAAGAAAUUUAUCUUGCGGUUGGCUGCAAUAAGAUACGCUCUACAAAAUUAUUCAAAAUAUGUUAAACAGGUUUGUAAAAAGCAUAUUCAUGUGUUACUGGUACUAUCCUCUGACAGGAAUGAUCCCAAAUGCUUGAGGCUGCUGACUUUUGCCUGGUUUCUGCCGUUCAUGGUGGUGUUUGCACCUGUGUUAGUCAUGCUGUUCAUCACGAUCUUCGACAUCUUCAGUGCUGGCAUCCAUCACUUCUCUUCAGUAGAGUAUGUUGAUGAGGUAUUGGGGUAA